ACUUUGACAACAAAGUACAAACAGCUGAUGGCAUAACAUAAUUUAUAGUGAAGGGCAGGGCCGUGAUCGUCUUUUGUUAUAAUUCCGAACAAUAAAGAAUUUAAAAACAAAAACAUGGGUAACUACUUUACCGUAAAUAUGGAGGAAAAUUUUAAAAAGAAUCAAGAAUUCAUUCAGACAAUAAACAAAAUAAAGAUGGAAAGACAAAUACAACUUCAAUUUCAACUGCAAGAAAGGCAAAUGGCCAUGCAGAUAGCGAAGAGCAGGGACACUUGCUUGUGGUUUACUGCGUUUUACGUGACUGCAGCGGCGGGUUUGCUCACUGGUUUCAGGCGAACCAAGCGUCCAUAUCUUCUGAUGCCUCUAAUACCUCUUACAUUCAUAACGCUCUAUAACUGGGAUAUGGCUUACGGGAACAAAGUGCACCGGAUCAGAAUGGAGGCAGAACACAUAAUGACCCACGAAGCGGAUUCCCUCGAAUGGCCCUGCGGUCUUCCCACUCCGUCUUCCAUCGAUCUUGGCCGCUUGGACGUCGAAGAAAAGAAGAAAAUCCAUCCACCAUUGAUGUAAACAUCUAGGCUCAAAGACGAAGUGUGCCUUCACCGCAGCGUAGAUCAAAAUAGCGGGUAGAUUAGAUGGGUAGGUAGUUAAACAACACUUCCUUAGGUGAUCGAUUUCGAAAUAUUUUAUUUUUGUACUCGGAUAUUAUUGAUCUAGGUUAUUUUGAUGGUUUAGUUUAGUGCUACCUCUUUAUGAAUAUUUUUUUCUCGUUUUUAAGAAUGUACUUACCAAAUAAUUGGUAAAUCAUCGUAAUCUUAGAAAGGAUAAUUAUGACAAUAUUUUACUGCCUCUACUCAAAGAGAUUUAAGACAAAUGAUACGGAACAACCAACACAACUGAUAGGGAUUUUUGCAUUGCCUCGGUAAAAAUAGUUCUCUGACAGUAUAGUCUAACCCCUUCCCAGGCUUUCCAAGACGAGUUCCGCCUAGAACAGACGAGUACAGCAGAAACUACUACUAAAAGCAUUAGUGGUCUUGAAUACAAUAUAAGUGUUGUUACCUUGUUUCCCACAAGACCAUCAAACAUACCGGAAACCUUUAAAAAAAACUCAGACUUCUUAAGUAACAUGACGUCGUUAGUGAUGUCGAAUCUUCAGCAAUUUAUAUUGAAGUAUACAUCUGCCGCUAAAAGCCAGCCACCCAGUGCGCUUUCUUAAUUAAUUUAAGGUUAAUCUAGCAAAAUAUCGUCUAAGGAAAGUGCGGUUUUAGUGACAGCUAGAUGUUAGAGGCACAAGAAAAGAAAAAAAAAAACAAACGUUCCAAUCAAUUUUGAAACUUUAACUUGGAUAUUUAAAAAGUUACGAUUACUCAUUUUAAAUCGUAAUUAUAAACAAAGCGCAUGCUCAGUUAAAUGUUCAAUUUUACAAACUUUAAUAUUAUAAAAGUAUUCGUGUUGUUUGUGCUUAUUAAUCUCUAAUUGAAAAAUGAUAUCAAUUCAAUAGUACUUACGUAGAUAACAACUUGUUAUGAUCAAUGAGGAAGUAUAUUGAGUAGAUUGAGAGUUUAGUAUACUUAUCGGAGUACUUACAAUUAAAUAAUUCGAUACAUAUUUGCUUUUACUAUUGUAUUGCAAAAUCAUAAUGAAAACAAUUGUUUUAUUUUUAUUGGAUACUUAGUAAUGUAAAAUACGUUAUUUUAUUAUGACGCGCAAGG